UUUGAUUUUAGAGAUAUAUAUCCCCAAUGUAGAAUAGGUUUUGAAUGGAAAUUUCCUAAAAUUACAGGCGAUGUGGGUGGCAAGUUAACAAAUCUGUGUAAUAAAUUUAACUUAAAUAAUAGAAAUAAUAAUAGAUCUUCUGAAUUUAUCCAAAGAUGCCAACAUGUUACUUUUUAUUUAAAUCAUAUAAAAAGAGUAGCAAAAGAAUAUAAGAUAAAUCCAUGUUGUAAAUAUUUCUUUUACAAGCUUAAAGGUCUACUUAAUAACUUUCCUUGCAAUUGUGUAGACACAAAAAGCUGUUAUGCAAUCAUGAAAACACUAAGCGAACAGCAAUCCAUUAUGGAGAUUUCUUCAUUAUUUUCACAGUGUAGUGAUUAUCCAAAAGAUCUGAAUGAAAAUAUAUACCAAAUAUUUAAAAAGAUAGAUGAAACAUAUGAUAAUUUAUACGAAUUCAUAAGAUAUCCAAAUCCGGGCUAUUAUAAAUAUGUGAAUUUUAGAAAUGGGAUGAAAUAUUUAGAAAGUCGUCAAUAUAAUUACAAUGACAGUUUCAAAGAUGUACUUAAUUAUUUUAAACAUACUUGUUUAGCAUAUCUAAAUGAAUUAAAUCCUACGGAUUCGAGUGUCCGGUCAUUUUUACAAUACCUCGUUCGAGAUAAAAAUAAAGGAGAAUAUACCUUUGCAGAAAUAAAUGCAAUAAAAGGAAUAGUUAACGUUGCACAAAUGGGUGCAACAAAAGGUAUACAUAAUGUUGCAAAAAUGGAUCGAAUAAAAGGUACAGAUAUCGGUUCUCAAAUAAGUACAGGAAUAAGCCUUUUAUUUUUUUCCAUAUUAAUAAUUAUGUUUAUAUUGUAUAAGUACACACCUUUUGGAUCAUAUCUACAACCAAGAGGAAGGAGGUUAAGGAAGCUAAUGAAAAUAAAAAAUAAAAAACAUAAGAACUUGAUAGAUUCAUAUCAAAAUAUGAACAAUGAAUUAAAUGACAAACAUUAUGAUGUAGGAUAUAGAUCAAUAUGA